GGACGCUCUCUCGCCCGCCCCGUCUAAGCUGCUCCCCGCUUCUCCAGGAGAUGGCUCCUUCGCUGCCGCCGUUCCUGCGCUCGCUGCUGCGCUACAAGACCUUCGUCGCGCUCUUCGGCACGCCGCUCGCUCUGCUGCCGCUGCCGCUCCUGAUCGCCACUCCGGAGGCCAAAGGUGGCUAUGUGAUCAUUCUCAUGGCUGUGUACUGGUGCACAGAGGUGAUUCCUUUGGCUGUUACAAGUCUCUUGCCAGUCAUUUUAUUCCCGUUGUUUGGCAUCCUGGAAUCCAGAACGGUGUGCAUGCAGUACCUAAAGGACACAAAUAUGCUCUUUGUUGGGGGCCUGAUUGUGGCUGUGGCUGUAGAGCAUUGGAACCUGCACAAGCGGAUUGCGCUCCGGGUGUUACUAAUUGUCGGUGUGAAGCCUGCACUCCUGAUGUUGGGAUUUAUGGGAGUUACCGCCUUUCUGUCCAUGUGGAUCAGCAACACCGCAACCACUGCCAUGAUGGUUCCCAUCGUCCAGGCCAUUCUGGACGAGAUGAACAGUUCAGCGCAAAACAUGGCGGUCACGGAAGCCACUGCUGGACACAUCAACAAUACUAUUGAAUUGGAAGGGAAGGUGUCCACGGGCCUCUCCUCAGUGCAAGGCAAUGGAUACCUUCCUAAUGAUUCCCAAGAGCAAGACAGGGUAGCAAAGAAGCGUAUCAACAAGGGAAUGACCCUGUGUGUGUGUUACGCAGCAAGCAUUGGCGGGACAGCCACCCUCACAGGGACGGGCCCUAACUUGGUCCUGAAAGGCCAGAUGCAUCAAUUGUUUCCAAAAAGUGAUGGCAUCGUGAAUUUUGCUUCCUGGUUUGGAUUUGCCUUCCCCAAUAUGUUAUUAAUGCUGAUACUGGCCUGGUUUUGGCUUCAGUUUUCCUUCAUGGGAUUGAACUUUCAGAAAACCUGGGGUUGUAGAACCCAAAAGACUGAGAGGGAGAAGGCUACUCUCAGUGUGCUGAAGGAGGAGCACCGAAAGUUGGGGCCCAUCUCCUUUGCCGAAGUCAACGUCCUCAUGGUUUUCACACUGCUGAUUCUCCUCUGGUUCACCCGAGAUCCGGGCUUCGUCCCAGGCUGGGCCACUUUUCUCUUCAACAAACAAAAAGAGUAUGUGACAGAUGCCACUGUGGCCAUUUUUGUGGCCCUACUGCUCUUCAUCAUUCCUGCCACGAAGCCUAGAUGUGGUUUCUGCAGCCAGAACAGCUGUGAUGUGGAAGAGGCUGAGGAAGGUAUGAAGGAACCAUUUUUCCCAGCUCCACUACUGGAUUGGAACACUGUCCAGAAGAAGAUGCCCUGGAAUGUUGUACUGCUACUUGGAGGUGGCUUUGCUUUAGCCAAAGGAAGUGAUGCUUCAGGGCUGUCCAAAUGGAUGGGGGAACAGAUGACACCAUUGCAUACCAUUCCUCCCUGGGCCAUUGCAAUUAUCCUCUCUCUUUUCAUUGCCACCUUCACCGAAUGUACCAGCAACGUGGCCACAGCCACCCUCUUCCUGCCGGUCUUUGCAUCACUGUCACAGUCCAUUAAAGUCAACCCUCUGUACGUCAUGAUCCCAUGCACCCUCAGUUCUUCCUUCGCCUUCAUGCUCCCUGUAGCAACCCCUCCAAAUGCCAUCGUGUUCUCGUAUGGCCAUCUCCACGUUUCUGACAUGGUUAAAACUGGAAUUGUUAUGAACAUCAUUGGAAUCAUUUGCGUAACUCUGGCCAUCAACAGCUGGGGUCGUGCCAUGUUCCACUUAGAUACUUUUCCAUCAUGGGCAAACAACACCAUAGGGAAGUGAAAACCAAGCCAAGAAUAGUUACACACAUGUAUGGAGUUCCUCUUCCCUUCUUGCCUCAAACCUUUUCUCGACCUUAGUAAGCCCACUGAGGUCCACUUUUGUCCUGAGUUGGGGCAGACCAGCUGCAAAGCAUUCUAGCAGCACCGAAGUUGGCUGUGCUGCUUCCAGAAGAAUCUCUGAGCAAACAUCUCAGUGGCAUCUCAUGCAGCCAGUGCUUACCCAGCUGUGUUUCCAGGCAAACUAGGAUUCUUUAGAAACAAAACAGAACUCAUGAAAAAAAAGCUGCUAUGUUUAAAUAAGGGGAGAAAGUGGCUUCAGAACAGACUGGACUCAACAGUCAUUAAGGUAAAACGGGGUGCAUAAGUCAAGCGCAGGCACUGAUUAACUCUCUAUUCUGUCUGCCAUGGGCCUGCAAGUCAACCAUUGUACAUGUGACUCCUGCUGCUUGACUAAACUCACCCAGGCAAACCUUGUUUGGGGAGGGCCCAGCAAAUGCCUUGUGGCAAGAAUGCCUCUUCCACAUUCCAGAGUCUCUUCUGGACUAUAUGGGCUAACAACAGCCCACUGUGUUCUGCUUUGGGUAGAUCCCAACCAGGCAGAAAACCAGUUCUAUCUUGCGAUCUCAUUUGCAGGCCCAAAGUGCUAGUGAAAAGGCAGAAGGGGAGAUGGAUGGGUAGGGGUGCGCUUGAAAGGGAGGGAAUAAAUGCAGAACAGCCAGGGCUAAACACAGGUAGUUAAUAUGUUUAAUAUUAUUGCCUUAAAAUUAAUACAAUACCAUUUGCAUUUUGGACACCUGACAUACAUUUUAAAAUAUCCCAGUGCCUUUGGACUCAAUGGUUGGAAGGUAGCAGAUUAGUGAGCUGUUGGAUAAAAUCCUGCCUGUUUUUCCUUUGAGAAAAGAGGAAGAUCUUCUUAAAAAUGUAACAUAAAUAUUCAUGGAAGACACCUGGAGUAUUCAUAUACCUAAUCUCUCCUCCCAUUCCCUAAGCUAAAGUUCUGCUUGCUUGACCUUCUGAGUAUGAAAAGUCCAUGCUUUCAAAUAUUUCUUUGCAAGAACCAGGAGGUAGGGCACUUGGGGUACAAAUAUGUUUAAAUUAUUUUUCCUAUAGUAGUUUGUCUGUCUUUGGAAGCUUGCAAGAAUAAAUGUCACAAAAUAAUAAUUAUUUUUUGAUGGAA